AUGGUCGCUGCCUUCUUUAUAAAUACAGGUUAUUUUCUUAUUGGUUGUGCAACCAGUUCUAAAACCGGGGACCAAUACCGCAUUGAAUGGACAACAUCUCAUUGUGUAUUGAUCCUUAAACUAACUGGAGUUGUAGCAGAUUUGUAUGAUGGAAGCAAGCCUUUGGAUAAAUUGGGUGCAGACCAAAAGGAAACUGCAAUACAAAAGAAACCAACUUUGUUGCAACUAAUAGGUCACUGUUAUUUUUUUGGUGGUUUUUUAAUAGGACCUCAGUGCUCUAUUAAGAGGUAUCUAACAUUAGUGGAAGGCGGCUUUUCCAGCAAAGGCAAUGGUGUACCUGAUAGUUUGUUGGCUGGUCUCACUAAACUAGGUGUUGGUCUUGUCUACAUAGGCAACUUACUGUUACUAAAUUUCCUUGUACCAACUGAUUACCUUUUCACUAAAGAGUUUCAUGAUCUGUUGUUGCCUUUGAAAUGCCUCUAUGUGUUAGUGUGGGGACGAUUUGUAUUAACACGUUAUAUUUCCUGCUGGCAUAUAUCCGAAGGAAUUUGUAUACUAACUGGCUUGACUUACAAUGGAAUUGACAAAAAUGGCAAGAGUCAAUGGGAUUCCAGCCAAAAUAUAAAGUUGUAUGAAUUUGAAACGUCAUAUACACUUUAUAAUUUAACAAAAGCUUUCAAUGUUCAAACCAGCACUUGGAUGGUCAAGUAUUUGAUGAAACGACUGCGAUUCUUAGGAAAUAAAGAAUUAUCAAAAUUCUUCACAUUUGCAUACCUUGCUCUCUGGCAUGGUUUAUAUUCAGGCUAUUUUAAUACAUUCUUCUUGGAGUUCUUGAUGAUAGCUACAGAGACAUAUGUGAUUGAUCGACUAAAGCACAAGAAAGUGCCUCCAUUUCCUAAAGGAAAACUGAAUGGUGUUUGGUUAUGGUUCUUAUUUAGGGUUAUUUAUUGCCAAUUUUUCUGGAGUUAUGCAUUAAUAUCUUUUGAAUUGUUACAAUUCCAAAAUUACUGGGAGGUUUAUUCUUCAAUGUAUUUUAUUGGCCAUUUGUGUCAUCCAUUGGUAAUUUUAAUCACCUACUUGAUUUUUAAAAGACCACCAAGAAAAUCAGAGAAUGGAAUACAGAAAGAAAAAGAGCUGUGA